GCUCUGAGCGAGCGGGGGAGGAGCCCCGGUAUAAAACAGCAACAUGUGGCGAAGCAGCUCAGUAUCAAUGCUCAGCUUGCCUCCAACAUGCAGCUUCACCUCCAGUCAGUGUGUCAGCUCGCCCUCCUGGGUCUCUGCUGUGUGCUGAUCACAGUGAGGGAGUCAGACGGCACGUUUGUCCCUGGACGAUGCUUGUGUCACGAGACGGUGUCAAGAAUCAGAGGGCCACUGAAAGAGCUCACAGUCUACCCCAAGAGCCCCACCUGCAACACGGUCACAGUCAUAGUGACAAACAGUAACAAUGAACUUGUGUGUCUGAAUCCAGAGGCACCGCUGGGCAAACGGUUCAUCCACUGCUGGAACAGAGCUCACAAAUUGGGCCGUGAUGAGAAGCUCUGCCUGAAGAGGAGGAGAGGCAAAGGCAAAGGAAGGAAGCGUCUGCGCUCUCGACAGAGGAGCCAGGACCUCAACACCAGAGCAUCAUCUUCAAGCUCCUAAGUGUCAGCCGGGCAUAGCGGUCAACAAAGCUACAGCACGGAGUGUGUGCAUACAGACUGUUGCCAACCUGCGGGCGCUUAACUCCAGGCCACCAGCGACAGUGCCACAUUUCUUUUUCUGUCCAACAGCUCAGACAUCAAGCUUCUCUGAGUUUCCGCCUGGGCAGUAAACCAAACUUGUCUAGGCCAUCAGCAGGAGGGUUUUAUUUGUGCAACUGACUGAUAUAAUGUUGAAAGAUGUACAGGCCCUGGUGGCUUGUCACAACAUGUAAAAAUUCGAGCUUUAUAACCCUAUCAAAAAUAUUGUAUAUGUGUAGUUCUGUGUAGGCAGCUGGAAAACAUAUAACUGAACAUGUUGUUGGUUAUUUAUUUUUUGUAUGAACAUGUUUUUUUAAAUAAAAAUAUCUGAACAAUA